CUCAUGCAAUAGCUGCUUGAACUUCCAGCCUGCUUAUAUAAACUGCAGGUUGGGAUUGCUGCAGACUGCACCUUUAACAUGUCUGGAGGCAACUUCAACCUGCAAAAUGGGGCGGAACAUUUAAUAAGACUAAACUCAUAAAUGGGUCUGAUAUUCAAACAGCAUGAUAGAAGGCACAUGCACAUAUACACACAAAAAAGAAAAAGACAAAGGAAAAAAAAAAACAUCUGGCAAAACAUCAAGAGGGAGACAAGCGUGGGGCCCUGUCACAAUCAAGAAAGGAAAACACUCCGGAGAGCUGCAGGAAGAAGAUGGUGAUCAGCUGAUGAAGAGACUAGCAGCACGCCGCUAUGCUGCUUUGCUAAUUCUCUCCCCCACAGCUGCAGCCGACCCUGGUAGCCAGCCUGCAGACUGCACUCAGGUAAAUAUCCUCCUCCAUGUCUUUCUGUCUCCUCGGGCUCCGGAUUCAGCCAGGCUACAUCGCAUGGGAAGGGAGGAAGAGAUGGAUAUUUAAAAAAAAAAAAAGUGUGUGCGUGUGUGUGUGUGUGUGUGUGUGUGAGAGAGAGAGAGAGAGUGUGAGAGAGAGAGCCUGAGAAAGAGAGCUGGUGUCUGGGUUUAUAUUCCUGCCUGCGUGCGCGCCUAUGUGAGUGUGAGUAAAUGUGUGUGUGUGUGUGUGUGUGUGAGUGUGUGUGUGUGUGUGUGUGUGUCAGGGCAGGGAGAGAGGGAGUGUGUAGGUGUGUAACAGAUGAGAGGGGAAUCUUUGCCAGAUUAUUCAGGGAAGAGGCAGGCUUGUUAGGAGAUGGCACACGCAUGGAGCACCACAUGCACACUCACACAUGCACAGUCAUUCAGGCGGCUCUCAGCUGGGCUUGUGCAUCUUUGAGGAUUACCCCCCCCCCCCCCCCCCCCCCUAUCCCCUCCAGUAUGCUGCUGGAGCGACUGCAGCCCCCCUCUCAGAGAGAGAGAGGGAUAGAGAGAGAGAAGCGGGGCUUUCAAAGCCUUGUGUCUGAGCCGAGCCGACCGAUGAUGAGCAGGAUUUGAGAUUGUCGCAUCUCUUGUGCUGCUGUCACCUCUAACUCACUUCCCUGACAUGUCUCUGCGCUGCUUUGGUGUCUCGGCGAUUGUUGAUUUUCUGCAUCCCUCCUUCUGACUGAUGCGCGCGCAAAGAAAUCCCGCGCGCCAGCUCGAUUCCAACCCCUGUCCUUGAGAAACACGCCGCCACAUGUGCAUGCUUUAUUUGAAAGCAGAUGUGUGAUCCUGGCUGAUUGAUGCGUCAGUAUUCUGUUUGGAUUAGACUGCAUGCCUUCGCUCUCUCCCCCCUCCCCUGUCUUCGCCAGGCUGCUGCUGCUGCAAGAGCUGCUGUUGUUGCACAGAUACUCUUGUUUCUGGCAUCAAGUUGCCUUUGUUGGAAAAACAGUGGUUGCGGCAGAUAUCGAUGAGGCAGGAUGCAGCCACACACUGUAAUUUACAUUUUUUUUUUUUGCCCCUCUGCAGAGAGCAUACCAGCAGAAUACCAGCGAUCAUUCUUUAUUGUCUUGUGGCUUGUUAGAAUCUACUGGCCGAGCUUUUCCCCCCAUUUAUUCGCAUUGCAUGUUGAAUAUUAAUAAUUUGGCAUCGAAUCCUCUAGACUAAAUAAUGUGUCCUAAUUUGCAGAAGAGGCACAGCAGUUGGGUCACUGCGCUCCCUGCGAAUUUAGAAAGGAAUGUGAUGAAUAAAUAAUGUUUCAUUUCCAUAUCUAAACGUUUGGGCCGAUUAAAGAUUUUUGUGGCCAAUUUCAUGUCUCUGAUUUUGUAAAACUCUUACCCACAAAUGAAUGUAGUCAGUACAAUUUCUCUUUGACUGACAACAUUUCUGGAUAAUCCGACAAUGUAAAUAUAUUCCCUGAAUGUGUACGGUAAAAGAAAACGAACAGGCUCCGGAAAAAAUAGCUUGGGAUUACACCGCUGUCUCGCUGAAAUCCUCCAAACUAUGAUUGGACAUAUGUAUCUGUAAAAAUAAACUCAAAUGUAAAGAAUUAUUGCAUUUGUCCUUUACUCAUUCAUAAAGUGGAUUAUGGGCCACUAACUGUUUUAUCUGAGUUCAUAUCUGACAUUAAUUAUUUAUAUAAUGACCAGAGGUGUUUUUACACGGUGUUUAAAGAGAAGAGUUAUUCUUACACAGCUCUGCAGUAAACAAGAUAUUGCUAUUAUUUUAAAACAAAGGGAAAAGUAAUAGUUAAGUAGAUAUAUUUAAACAGUCUUCGGUACCUUUUGUUAGUAAUUGGCACAAUUAGCUUGGCUAGCAUUACGGACCAUUAACGGUCUCCAUGUGUAUUCCCUGUGGAGUGAGUAGACUCUAUCUUAACUGUGAGGUUCUUAAAAGGCUACCAACGUUCCCGAUCCCAGCAUGCUCCAGGAGGUUGAAAAAAGGCUCAAAAGGAUAAAACAGAGCCACUUAGCUGGAAUAGAUCUACCUUUUCUGCAAUCUGCUAACGCCUUGUGUCCUUUAUUCACGCAGCUUCCGUCCUAAAAGCUGCUAACAACUUCUUUUUUUUUUUUUGCCUAACUUUUAAACAGCUCACAGAUAUUAAAAAUAGUCAGCUGGAUCUUAACACCUCUCAGUAAACCAGCUUUCACACUAAUGGGUGUGGUUGUCAGCAUGUAAUGUUAGUGCUUAGGUACGGUGUGAUCACUGAUUAGGAACAAAAAUCACAUAUGUAGUUUCUAUCCUUCAAAUCCUAGCUCAGCUGAUCAGCAGAAACUCUGCCAAUUCUAUUUGUCUCCAGUCAUCAUCCGUUGGUGCCUCUCUACGUUAUUGUCAAAUAAGAUCCAGCUUGGAAUUAAACACAGGCUCUUAUUUCUUUCGUUUUGUGUUUUGUUACGUUUAGACAUAACAUAAUGGCUUGCUGUCUGUUGUAGGUAUUAGUCUUUUGAAGCAAGAUGUGUCUAGUUUAAAAUAAUAUAAUAUGAGCAGGAAAGACUGGAUAUUUUCUACAUCCACCUUACUUGAACCCUGUGCAUCUGUUUGAGUUUACUAGGUUCCCCCACCCGCUGCUCCCUCUUCCUCCAGCCUGAGGCAGCAAAGAGCAGCUCCCUGGAGGACAUGGAAGAAGACAUCAGCCUGAAGAAGCGCAAAGGUGAUCACCAUGGAGAGAAAGGGCUGCAGGCGGGCCAAGAACCCGGCGAAAAGGUCAAAAGGAAGCGGGGACGCCCACCCGCUGAGAAACUGCCUCCAAAUCCUCCUGAACUCACCAGAACGCUGAACACUCUGGUGGAUAUGGUCAUCAACUACAAGGACGGGCUGGGGCGACAGAUCAGUAAAGGUUUUGUGCAGCUUCCCUCUAAGAAAGAAGUACCAGAGUAUUACGAGCUCAUCCGAAAGCCCGUGGAUUUUAGGAGGAUCCGGGAACGUGUCCGUAAUCACAAGUACAGAAGUGUCGGGGAUUUGGAAAAGGAUAUCUUCCUUUUGUGUCACAACGCCCAGACUUAUAACCUGGAGGGAUCUCAGAUCUACGAGGAUUCGAUUGUCAUCAAAUCUGUUUUUGAGAGCGCGAGGCAGAGAAUUGUCGCAGACGACGAACAAAAGGAGACUGUUAGUGCCAGUCGUGGCGAUAAUGGCAGAGGAGCUGAAGACCAAUUCGUUCAAUCAGUGACUCCAUUACCAAUCCAGAUAAAGAAGGAGGACAGAAGCAUAACUACAAUGGCCAAGAGGCUCCACAGUGAUUUAGACAGUGAUGAGGAUCCAGAGGACAACAACACAAAAGAUCAGGGUUGAAAGGAAAUACCCUCCUUUUUUGUAUUCUUCUUCAUGCCUCUCUUCUCUGCCAUAUCUUUUUAUUUUAUUCAAAGGUCUUAAAAAAAAAAAAAAAGUGGAGGAACCAAGACUAGCACUUACCAAGCUAUGCUUUCAUUUUCUUUCAGAUGACUCACACGUUUCAAACACAUGUUGCUGCACAAAGUGCUGUCUCUUUCUUUUUAUCUAUUCUCUUCCAACAAGCAUUCACAUUUUAUCUGCUUUAGUCCCUGUGAUUGCUUUUGCAGUUUAUAUGUAAAAGACCGAUUUCAAUGACUGUUUCUAAUCAGGAUGUUUGAUUGUGUGAAGUGUCUUCAUUGUGUAUUUGGAGCAUGAUAUUUAAUCUGGCUCCUCCAGAGGAGCCCCAGCUGUUGGUGUGUUCAGGUUUACAGAAUUGAAGCACACAGCAAAGACUUUUUAAAAAUAAAAUUGUAACAAAUCAAUAAAGUACAUUUGUGUAAAAUAUAGGGAUUUUUUAAGAUAAUGUAUCUUUAAUAAUAAUAAUAAUAAUAAUAAUGUAAAAGGUAAAACAUUGUGGUAAUAUAAAUUCAGACCUAGAGAUGCACCGGUUACAAUUUUUUUGGCCAAUUCCUGGACUCUGGUUCUGGGAAAAAAUUGUCCUACCUAUAAGUAGGUACAAGAUCACCAUCUAAAUUGUUUUUUCAAGAUCUCCUGUCAUAAAACAUCAUUGGUUAUUAAUAUGAGGACCAGAGACAAUGCCAUGCCAUGUGUGUGAAAAAGAUAGCCGAAAAAGCUUUGAAUAUUAGCCUUAAACAUGAUUAUCUUUCAAAAUGAUUCCUUAGAUAAUCUAGAUCCUUGCGUUGAUACAGAGAUCUCCAAAAAGCUGCAAAAAAAAUCAAAUCCAGCAUGUUCCAUGACAGAGAGAAGGUAAAAUCUUAAAAGGAUAACACAGAGCAACUUUGUUGUACUGCUUUAGCCUUCCUGUUCUCAAACUGAAGUAACGUUCUCUCUUCUUCUCCUGCGACCUGAAUGACCCACAAAGUAAUUUCUGCGUGUCAUAGAAAAUACCCUUUUGUGUUAAAUAGUUAGUUCUGUAUCAUUUUUGGACACAUCAAAGGUACUUUAAAUUAUCUACUAGAAAAUAUAAAUAACCUUUAGUCAUUAGUUGGUAAAAAAAAAAAAAAAAACGUCCGUACCAAAAGGCGGAUUAACAGAGUGGGUCUGUUGUGCUUUUAGGUAUGGUGUGUUCACGGAUCGCAAAAAAGAAAAAAAAA